AUGAGUGUCCUCUCUCAGCCUCAGGUGGAGGUGCUCUCAGAGGAGGAGGCAGAGGAGGAGGACGAGGAGGAGGACAUCUUGUCUCUGGCGGAGGAGAAGUAUCGUCCUGCAGCUCUGGAGAAGAUGAUCGCCCUCAUCGCUCUGCUGGUGGAGCAGUCUCGCUCUGAGAGACAUCUGACUCUGUCUCAGAGCGACAUGGCGGCGCUGACAGGAGGGAAAGGCUUCCCCUUCCUAUUCCAGCACAUCAGAGACGGCAUCAACAUCAGACAGACGUGCAACCUCAUCUUCAGCCUGUGUCGCUACAACAACCGUCUGGCCGAGCACAUUGUGUCCAUGCUCUUCACCUCCAUUGCAAAACUGACUCCAGAGGCUGCCAAUCCUUUCUUCAAGCUGCUGACCAUGUUGAUGGAGUUUGCAGGCGGACCUCCAGGGAUGCCCUCCUUCGCCUCCUACAUCCUCCAGAGAAUCUGGGAG